AUGUACGCGACUCACGUACCCAGUUUCCCCGAUACCCACGAGGUUCUCCUCGUUCCGCGUGAAGGCGACGACGCCGCUCUGAGAGCGAGGGUGAUAUCGGCCCUCGUAGGCAUCCUGCUCCAUGGAAUACUGUAUGGUUGCGUGCUCUUUUCUGUGAGGCUGUACUGGAAGGAAGCCCCCUCCACGGAUCGUCCGUGGCUCAAGUUUUUAAUCCUCCUUUGUACUGCACUGCUCUCCAUUAACUUGCCCAUCCUCCUUCACGUGUCGUACAACCAGGUUCAACACAACUUUAACGACCUUGGCCUCACCACCCCUUGGGAUAUCAACCUCUCGCCGAUCUUCAACACCACUGCUAUCAUCAUCAUACGAUUCCUCUUGUUGCGCAGGCUUUGGAAGUUCUGUCAGACCUUCCGAGCCGGCCCCAAGCGCAUCGUGUCUUUAUUAGGUCUUUUCCUCUCGCUCCUUACUACCCUGGCCGCUUAUUUUGUUAACAUCGCGAGCAUGAUUAGCUCUCAUGUGAAUCCCACGGAUAUAGCAUUGAACGUGACGCUGUCUUAUACUUCUUUCGCAAACGGAUUCGUCGCGGACCUCCUGUUCGCCGGUAUGCUGUGCGCUUGGCUUCACUCAUCCCGCACUGGGAUCAAGAGCACGGAUUCCGCAAUCACCAUCCUGAUCGUGUACACCAUCGAAUCUGCAAUGACACCCCUCCUGUGCGACACGGCCGCAAUUAUCGCGUUGAAGCUCGCGCCACAGCUCGACGUGCAUGUCUUCUUCUGGCUCCAAAUGGGCCCUCUGUACUUCCUCUCGCUCCUCGUCUCGCUGAACUCGCGGCAGGACGUGUCCAAGCGCAUCCGCGACCCGACCGUCUCGCGCUCGGCCGGCGGCCAGCUCCCGACGUACAACAUCCAGUUCGCCUCCCCGGACACGUUCGAGCUCUCGUCGCUGAACGGGAGGCACGGAGAGCCCGAGAAGGCGGACCUCGCGGCCGCCCAGGACCACCAUCCCGCGCACCUCGUCGGCGCGCGCGCGUCGACUCGGGACGUCGCCGCGAUGGAGGUCGCGGAGGUCCCCGUGGACCGCCACGGGUCGUCCGGGGACUCGUCCCGCCACGCGAGCACGCUCUGCGAUCGCGUCGAGUCGGCGUGA